AUUACAGGAUCAGCGGUGUGGGCCUUUUUUAYUGGACUCUGUGAAAGCACGUCUGACUCCACAGCACAGGCGCUCUCUGUGUGGUUGGUGGGAAAAAAAAAMCUCGUAGUGUACAGACAAGUGCCACGCAAGAAAGGGAGGCCUGUCUAGUCAACUUUUGUUACGACCUUGGCAAGAAAGAGAAAGUCACGAAGAAAUCAAAGUCGCUUCGGAGGAAAGUUGUGAAGGAGGACUAGCUUAGCAACAGAUUCCCACUUCCUGGGGUGGACAGGAUCAAACUCUUAACACCAUGAAUAUGGAUAUACAUCCACAAGGACCUCAAACAGCCGUGCAACCAGUAUUUCAGAAACCGCUGCAGCCCGAUAUGGGCUAUAAUUCCUUGGCUAACUUCCAGAUCGAGAAGAAGAUCGGACGUGGCCAGUUCAGUGAGGUGUACAGAGCACGGUGCCUGUUAGACAACACGUCAGUGGCCUUGAAGAAAGUUCAGCAACUGAACCACCCCAAUGUGAUAAAGUACCAUGCAUCUUUUAUUGAGGACAAUGAGCUCAACAUAGUUCUAGAGUUGGCGGAUGCUGGGGACCUCUCUCGUAUGAUCAAGCACUUUAAGAAGCAGAGGAGGCUUAUCCCAGAGAGAACAGUGUGGAAGUACUUUGUCCAGCUCUGCAGUGCACUUGAACAUAUGCACUCCCGAAGAGUCAUGCAUAGAGAUAUAAAGCCAGCCAACGUAUUCAUCACAGCUACUGGAGUAGUAAAACUGGGAGACUUGGGACUGGGACGAUUCUUCAGCUCUAAAACAACUGCUGCUCACUCUCUAGUGGGUACUCCUUACUACAUGUCACCAGAGAGGAUACAUGAAAACGGCUACAACUUCAAAUCUGACAUCUGGUCGCUAGGAUGCCUCCUCUACGAGAUGGCAGCCUUACAGAGUCCCUUCUACGGGGAUAAGAUGAACCUGUACUCUCUUUGCAAGAAGAUAGARCAGUGCGACUACCCCCCUCUUCCAUCAGAUCACUACUCCGAAGAGCUGAGGAGUCUGGUAGAUAUGUGCAUCAACCCCGACCCGGAGAAGAGGCCGGACAUCACCUACAUGUCCGGCAUGGCCAGACACAUGCAAAAUAUGACAAAGGGCUGUUAAAGCCAGAGUUCACACUAUGUCCUCCUCCUCCUCCUCCUCCUCCUCACAUCACCUUCCUGCUUCAUAUUCUGGACUCAAAAUACAGUUUUCACCUUUUACACAAACACUUACUCCAGAGUCUGGCUCCUUGUGAUAACCGCUACAUGAGACAGAUGUUUUCUGUCGAGGUAAAGGCUGUAAACGUCUCGCCUUCGAGUUCAUCGAUUCAAAUGUUUCUUUUUAUCAAAUGUUAUCAAUUAGAUAUUAACGUUUUUAAGUCGAUAUGGAAUUCUUUCACUCUUGAGCUGUCUUGAGUGACAUCGCAGACCCCUUUAUCAGUUGAUUAAUUUAAAUCACUUUUUUUAUAAACUGCAGUUUAAAGUGAUCUCAUACAUAGGCGGUACAUCUCUGUACUGCCUGAUAGUGUUUGAGGAAAAACACCAGACUGUAUCUCACACCUUUUUUGCUUAAAAAUGAGUUCUGAACUGAACCGGAUGUAUUGUAGCUCACUAAGGAGUUGCUGUGGCUUUAAGGCAGUCAUGUUUUCCUCUCCAGCUCACACUCCCAGAAGCUAUUUAAAGCACAUAUGCUGCUUUACAGGGUGCCUAUCAAUUCAAAAAUCAAUACGCAGAAAUGCUGGGGAAUUUCAGCUUUUAUGGCUUCAAAAGUUAGCCGAAAAAGAAAGAGAACUUUUAGCUGAAAUUUAAAUGGAAAUUUUAUUCAUUGUCAACAACAAAUCUGAGACAAAACAGAAUAAUUGAUGGUUGAAAUGUUGUCAUAUUGCAGGGUUUUUUUUAUUCUUCUUCCUGGUACUAGAAGCCUGGCAGGGUUAUGUCAAAUGAAUGUUUUAGAACAGGAAAGAUCAUUUAAGAGGUAGACUGGAGACAUGCUCAAGGGGAACAUGGGCAAAUGUCUCCACAACUCUUUGAAUGCGAGUCAACUUGACACCUUUUGUGUUGUCUGAAAACUUCACAAUGUCUGUUUUGACAGCCUCAUAGUUGCCGAUGCUGUAACAAAAGCAGUUUUUACGUCUUCUGUUUACCCUACUUAUGACUCCAGAUUUUCCUCCUCGCUCAGCUCGAGCAAGAUAAAGCGCUUUAACAAUGCGGGGAAAAGGUCUGUAACGUCCAAAAGAAAAAAGUUAAAACAAAGAUGGCCGACGGCUGCAUCAGAACCACUACUUGUGAUUUAAGCAUCGUCGUCAUUGCUGUUUGUCUCUUAGGUAGUAAAAUCUUUGCCGUCCAUGUUCAGUGUGUCUAACACACACUUAAAUAUACAGUAUCUAUGUCAAAGUACAGUUUAUGAAAAGUAUAUAAAGUCUUGUGAAAAGGAAAGUGGGGUUUUUAUUCUUUUACUGUAAAUAAAGAAGAAAACAUCCAGAGUCAGACCUUUUGGUUUGUUGGGAUGGAAUCGUGUCACCAGUUUAUAUUGUGAUAAAGAUGUUAGAAUGAAGGUGAUAACACUAUUAGUGUCUUCUUUUCUCCUUUAACAUCUGUUAUCCCUUCAUUAAACUCUGCAGUUGCUGGGGUUUUUUUUGUGUGUGUGUGUGUCUGUUUUUUGCUUGUUUGAUAUAACCAUGUACAAAGAUUGAAAAUGUAUCAGAGUAAAAUGUAAACCUUUGUUUAACAGAAUGUUUUGGAAUGAAUUGAUGGUUGCAGAUCUAAAUGGGUUUAAAGAACAUGUAGUGUUUUGCUAUUUUUUGUUUGUAGGUUUAUACAUUUUCCUUCAUCUAAUCCCUGCUUAACUGUUUUUUCCUCGUGUAAUUCUUCUUCUCAUACAGUUCUGAUCACGUUCUGUUAAUGUUCUCGAACCGAAACAAAACAAAACAAAAAAACAUGUGGAUGACACCAAAAACAUUUCAGUAUUUUGCAGCUUUUGAAGCACUUUUGUUAGAGAUUUUAGUUUUGGUGUUUAUAUUUUACACACAUAGGUGCGGCAGUUUUCUGCACAAUGCUAAAGCAGCCUCAAAUUAUUUUCUUUAAGCAUAUUUACCUAAAGCACCAGGAGCAUUCAUAUUUACAGAAACGUACUUUGUUGUUGUUGUUUUUUUUAAAUUAAAACCAAAGAAAAAUGUUAUAAGUAAAACUGUAUGUCUGUGCUGAAAUAAUGUUUUGUUUACGUACAAAAACAUUAGAAUUUCUAUCAUAUUUUAUCCUUACGAAUGGGAUAUUAACACACGGAGCUGAGUCACUUUAAGGAUUUUGGCUAUAACUUGAUAUGUUUUUGGUUUUUUUGUCUGCAUGUAAUGUGUGGCUUUGCUUCUUUGAGCUUUACUGUUUACUUCUGCAUGCCCACUGAAGUUGGUGAUGAAGAGUCUAGAAAGUAAAAAAGAAAAAAAAUGACAAUAAUUAUUGUCUUGAUAUGUUUUUAGUUGCUUUUUGAACCUUUCAUGUCAAAUGAAAUGUCUUUAUUAGAAAUGCUUUGUAUGCAAACUGAAUUUAAUAAAGCUUUUGAAAAUUCUCA